GGCCGAUUAUCGAGGCGCAAACAACCCUCCUCUUUCACCAUCUUUCCACAGCUCUACCUUGUUCCUUCGCCCAAUCUACUUCUUUAGUGACUGGGCGAACAGCCAGCAUCCAACGCGAUGGCUUCAAUUACGAAGCGCGAUUACUACAACUCCAAGUCGCUCGGUCCUCCAUUAAACAGACGUGUGAAAGAGGCAAAGAUUCUCAUGGUCGGCGCAGGAGGCAUUGGAUGCGAACUACUCAAGAAUCUCGUUCUUUCUGGCUUCGGCGAAGUCCAUAUUGUUGAUCUCGACACCAUCGAUCUGAGCAAUCUCAACCGGCAAUUCCUCUUCAGGCACGAGCAUAUCAAGAAGUCGAAAGCUUUGGUAGCUAAGGAUGCGGCGCAUAGAUUCAACCCAAACGUGAAGCUCGAGGCUCACCAUGCGAACAUCAAGGAUCCGCAGUUUAAUGUCGACUGGUUCAAGGGCUUCACCAUGGUCUUCAAUGCUCUGGAUAACUUGGAGGCACGGAGACAUGUUAAUAAGAUGUGCCUGGCUGCGGAUGUUCCUCUCAUUGAAAGUGGUACGACUGGAUUCAAUGGCCAGGUUCAGGUUAUCAAGAAAGGCACGACAGCAUGCUACGACUGCUCGCCCAAGGAGACACCGAAGAGCUUCCCUGUAUGCACAAUCCGGAGCACACCUAGCCAGCCUAUUCAUUGCAUUGUUUGGGGCAAGAGUUAUCUGUUGAGUGAAAUAUUUGGUGCUAGCGAGGAAGAAGCCCCAGAACUGGACCAUACCGAAGACAGUGAAAAUGCCAAGGAAAUCGAGAAGUUACGUCAAGAGGCGCAAGCUCUGAAGCAAAUCAAGGAGGCCAUGGGCACCGAGUCAUUUCCGCAAUUACUCUUUGACAAGGUUUACAAGGAUGAUAUCUCUCGAUUACGUUCAAUGGAGGAAAUGUGGAAGACUAGACGACCUCCUGAGCCUGUUGAUUAUGCUUCGGCGCUUGAAAAGGCUGCUGAUGCAGAAUCAAGGAAGCAGAAGAUUUUGAAGGAUGGCCAGAAGAUCUGGACUCUGGAAGAGAACAUCGUAGUCUUCAAAGACAGCUUGGAGAGACUAAGUAGAAGAAUGGCAGAGAUGAAGGCUACUUCUGGCGAAAUCACGGCAGAACCAGUGAUCACGUUUGACAAGGACGAUGAUGACACCCUCGACUUUGUUGCUGCCAGUGCAAAUCUGCGCUCGCUAGUCUUUGGAAUCGAGACCAAGUCUCGAUUUGACAUCAAGCAGAUGGCCGGAAACAUCAUUCCAGCAAUCGCGACGACCAAUGCAAUUGUAGCUGGUCUCUGCGUCCUUGAGUCGUUCAAAGUUAUGGAUGGCAAAUACGAUUCUACGAAGGAGAUCUUUCUCUCGCCAUUUGCCCCGGAAAGGCUCCUGGCAUCAGAUCGCCUUCGCUUGCCAAAUCCGGACUGCCCUGUCUGUAGUGUUGCUCAGACUCGUCUCCUCGUUGACAUGUCACGAGCUACUCUUGAAGACCUGGUUGAAAAAUUCUUACGGCUUGAGCUCGGCUACGGAGAGGAAAUAGUCAUCAAUCACGGCGAUAACCUACUUUAUGACGUGGAGGAAACUGAUAAUUUGAGAAAGAAGCUCAGUGAACUCGGCAUCAAGGGUGACAGCUUCCUCACCGUCAUUGACGAAGAUGAUGUAAACCCUCGCGUCAACCUUGUGCUAACUGUUCAGGAAUCCACCACUGCAGACGACAAUCCUAUUAAGAGCUUGGACAUCACCAAGGAUACUAACGAUGAUGCUCCGACAUCUCCCAUCCCACGCAAAAAGAAAACUCCGAAGCCCAGCACCGAAGAUGCUACGAAUGGCUCCUCCUUAAAAAGUAACGGUUCUUCCGUCACUCUUUCAAAUGGCAAUGGCUCUGCGGUAAAGCGAUCCGCCGCCGAUGCUCUCGGUGAUGAUAUUCCUUCCGGCAAGAAAUCAAAGCAGAAUACCGACGAGCAAGAUGGCGGUGUUAUCGUUCUGGACGAUGCUGAUGGUGCCAUUCUGAUUGACUGA